UUUCUUGUCUCUCUCUUUAUUUCUCUCUUUCUUUCUCUCUAUCCUUCUCUAUCUUUCUUGUCUCUCUUUCUCUUUCUUUCUUUCUCUCUCUCUAUCUCUCUCUCUCUCUCACUCUAUCUCUCUUUUCUCCCCUCUUUCUCUCACUCUAUCUCUCUCUCUCUCUCUCUCUCUCUCUAUCUAUCUCUCUCUCUCUCACAUUCUCUCUCUCUCUCCCUCUUCCUUCCUCUUUUCCUCUCCUCUCACUUUUCUCUAUUACACUCUCUCAAUUUCAUUCACCCCCCUUCCCCUCCCAGUCCCCCCCUGUCUGUCUUAUGUUCCACUCCUACAUACUCAGGCGGUGAUGCAGGGUCCUGGUUAAGGAUGAUGUCACAACUAACUAAUAUAAAGAGAAACACAGAGAAGGUGAGACCAUUCAACAAAAGAGCCAGAUACACCAGGAUAAACGUACAAAUACAAAAGAGGAUAAAACCACACGCAGAAAUAGAAGCUUUGUAAGAUUUAAACAAAAGGUUCUGAUUCAAGUGCUUACAACAGCAAACCAAGAUGUCUUUGCUUUUGCCUCUCCUGCUGGUUGUGAUACCCUUCAGUCUAAUGACUUCAGCAGCACCGACCCCUCUCCCAGAUGAUAAAAACAGCACCCAGCCCUGGACAAACACCACUGAAAUGAGGGACAACAAAUCUGUCCCUGUGACUACAUUUUCCCCAACAAGUGACAACAAUCAGACAAUGUCAGAAUCUUCUCUUCCAUCAGGGCCAAGAGACACUCCGAUACACCGCACCACCCCAGAGCGCAUCCAGUUCAUUACUGGAGGAGAUGUAGCAGAUUAUUAUGAGGAUGAAGAUGAGGAUGAUAGCGAAGAGAGGCCCGUUACCUCCUUCCCACCCAAAUCAGUUAGCCCCUGCAACUAUAAUCGCUGCAAACACUUAGAGCUACCAUGUGAAGAGAUACAGAGAAUGCAAGGUGGAAAUUGCCUUUGUCCUGGGGUAGAUGGUGCAGGUGUUCCCCCAGAUGCACCUGGCUUGGGAGAGUUACUUCCUGGAGAAAUGGGAGCAAGUGUGAGGUGGUGUUCUCCCUUGUCUACAGUCCGUGGAUACAAAGUGCUUUAUGGGCCUCUUGAAGGCCCCAUGGAGACUGGCCCAGUCCUUAAUGCCUCCUAUCGUGCCUUCACCAUAGAAAGACUAUCACCAAAUACGCCUUACAGAGUGUGUGUAGUGGCAUUUAAUGAGGCGGGGGAGAGCCCCAUAGAAGGUGGAGAAGAAGAAGAGGAAGAAGCGUGGGAGGGAGGCAAGCCACACCCCUGCAGGGUUCUCCGUACAACUGGCUCUCAGGUGCAACAAGUGUACCUGGGUGUAGGGGUGGGUUUAGCAGCUUUGGCAGCAUUACUAGGGUUAAUAGGUCUAGGAUGGUGGUUUUGUGGUAGGAGGAAGAGCAAGACAAUAAAAGAGACAGAAGGAAAAGACAUGGGUGUUACAAACUUAUCAUAUAAGGCAGAGAGUGUAGAGCAGUUGUGAAUAUAAGAGGAGCAGUGCAUGUUUUAUGGAGCGCCUGGGCGGUAUUUAUUGGAGCUGUAUUUUUUAUGAAAAAAAUGUUUAAUGUUUUCUAUUUUUAAAAUGGGUCAGUAUCUGUGUUUGAGCAAAGAAAGUUUUUUUUUUAUUUCUGUGUUAAACAAAUAUUUAUUUAUUUAUUAAAAUAAAAUCUAUAUUUUUAUACAA